UGGUCGCUUUUCGCCUUCAGUUUGCUGCGCGUUGUGAGAGAGAGGGUAUCCCUCCGCGCUUUACAUUAGAUUUUUAUGGUUAUUUAUUUUCUUUGAGUACUGACAGCUUGUUCAGUGUACCGUCAGCAAUACCGAAGGCUCAGCCACAAAACACAAAAUGUUUUCCUUCCACAAACCCAAGGUGUAUAGGUCAACCACAGGCUGCUGCAUCUGCAAAGCCAAAUCCAGCAGUUCACGGUUCACAGACUCUAAGAAAUAUGAAGAUGACUUUGUAGAGUGUUUUAACUUGAAAGAGAGAAGGUCAGGGGAGAUUUGCAAUGCAUGUGUUCUCCUAGUCAAACGCUGGAAGAAGCUGCCAAAGGGAACAGACCGCAAUUGGCAUCAUGUUGUUGAUGCUAGAGCUGGACCAGGUACAAAGUCCCUCACAAAAUUCAAGAGCAAGAAGCUGAAGAAGAAUCCUUUAAAUCCAGAUAAACCAGUAAAAGAGAAGAUAAAGAAAAAACACAGGUAUGUUCGGAAAGUAGGACGAGAAGGUUCUCCUGGAGCAUUGAGUGAUGAUGUCACAGUUGGAGAUGAGAGAUUAAGUGAAGGAUCAGGUCCCUCAGUGCCAGGCUCUCUGGCACCCUCCCCAUACCCAUCACCUUACCCUUCAGAAGAUGAUGCAGAUUCCCAGGACCGGACAUUACUAACAGGAGCUGCCAAAAGGAAGAAGCAGAACCCUUCUCAGUUUCAGCUCAGCAGUUUUGUAGAUUUAUCAUACUGGAAACAAGAAAAGGUAUGCUGUGGCCUCAUAUUCCGAGGAGAUUGCGGAGAGGUCCUCAUAGAUCCUCGCUUUUUCCAACCCUGUUCAUGUCGGAUAAAGUCUCUGGAGUCCUCCCCUGCACCAACACCAGCCUCCACGCCUCUUGCUUCUUCAGGAGCCUCUGAUGGUGGCAGCCACUAUGAUGAUGAGAUAUUAGAAAUGAUGUCUGAAGCCAAUAUGAAUGAAGAUGAUGAUUAUCAAGACUCUGACUCGUUGGACGAGCGAUUAGAUGAGCCAUAUUACUCAUCAGCAACAAAUUCUCCCUCAGCCCCGCUUUUGCCUCAUUUAUCAGCAGGACUAGCAAGUUAACUAUAGUGUUAAUUAGUGUGCAAAAAUUAUGACUAACUACCUAUUUAAUUGUCGGUAGAUUCGUACCUUUUUUAUGAUUUAGAUAUGACAAAAUUUCCAUGAUCAAUAUUAGUGUGUUCUGAAUUUUUAUUUAUUAUUCAUGGGUCCAAGACUUGUAUUUUUCAGGGUUGAUAGAUAAAUUUUGAAGAAAAAAAAAAAAAAAAUAGUUUUUUAUUAUUUGGCACAGAGCUAGGCUGCAGCCCCUCCUAACUCUUUAUAAAGUCUUGUUAUGACAAUCUGUAUCAUGGCAAUACUCGUCUUACUGCACCACAUAAUCUGUCCACUAUUGCAAGCAGUCAACCAGUUCUGCUCUAUGAAAACUGAAUUUCAGAAAAUGCAUGAAUACAAAACCAUAUUUUACAAAUGCUAUUUUUUAUGCCAUAAGCCUUUUUACAAGAUUAGGAUAUACAUGUGAACUUGGAUGAAAGUAUUCAGUUUUUAUAUUGUAGAACACCAGUACAACAUAUGUAAUAUUUGUGUGCAGGUUUUUCAGCUCAGUUGUAGGAAUAAAACCUCAAACAACUUACAUGGAAGCUUUAAAAAUUGCUGGAAACAUAUGGUACAUGAGUUGCAGGAGGUAUUAUAUUCCGGUGCUGUGCAUGGUGCUGCUGCUGCCACUGAUGACAGUUAGGUGUAGUGGGACGGUUCUAGGAUCUCCAUAUCAGGGAGUGGGCGCAGCUGCCUCUUGUCCUCAGGUCACAAGGCUCAUGUGCUCAGUCCACCAGUCACUGGCUCCGGUCUCUCAUCUCAACAUAGCCUCCUCCCUCCAUUAUACAGGGUCUGCCACCAUCGUUCCUUUGUCCUUUAUUCUUUACCAACAUCCAGCUCUUCCAAAAGGGACCAGCAAGUGCACAGCUAACUUGUAUACUACAUGACUUUGAUGUUCAAAGUGGGAAGACAGUAUGAAAAUAGAAAUGCGCUUCCCUAACACAUUAGUGAUACUCGUAAAAGCUGUCUUUGCACAAAUAAUUACAUUAUUUCUGUGCUGAAAUGUGUAAAGGCCGACAUUCGUGUCAAAGACACGAUAUAAGAUAUUUUGUAAUUUUACAUCAUUUUGAUAAGUGACCUGCAGCAUUGUUUAAUGCAGCUAAAUUGUAUGACUAGAGCAAGACAAUAAGAGGCUGCUUCAGGCCUCCUUUUUAUCAACUGUCAGCCAAUUGCACUCAUUGCUAUGUGUUCCCUCUUUUCCUCUUGUUUUGGAGGCGAGGCAAGUACAAAAUCCUUUUUCUUGUUCAACUGCUCCCAUCUUUGUUUUGUUACUGAAAUAUGAAUACAGUUAUCUUCAGAAUUUCUACUAAGUAGAGAUUCAAUUUUUAAUAUAUAAAGCAUAAAGUAAGUAUUUUUAGCUAAUUGAAUAUUGAAUAUUUUUAAACAAUUUUUCAUAUAUGCAUAAUGUGCUCAACCUGUUUUUUUACAAGUUUUUAUUCUGAAAUGGAGCCAGAUGAUGGUGAAACCGACUUGCCUGCCAUAUUGCAAAUUCAAAUGAAUUAUUUCCAAACCUGAAUCUAGUCUUCAAACAUUUUUAAUGUUAAGGACUUGAUAAAAAAUAUAAAAAAUUAAAAAAAAAAAAUCGAACAGAUGGCCCUCAGUAUUACAAGGUACAAUUUUUUUCCUCUGCUUUUUUCUUUCUUUUCUUUCUUUUUUUUCUACUCUUUAUUGCCACACUAUGCGCUUGUUAGCACACAUGAGCGGUGCUGUCCUGAUGCUCGCUGCAAUAUGAAUCUCUAGCAUCAUGGAUAGUUACUAGAAGGAGAACAGAGUUUUGUUGAUGCGUAUGUACGGAUGUCCGCAUGAAUGAAACAGGCACACUGGAAUGUGAUGUCUGGCACCGAGUUGGUCCCAGCACCUGUUUUACUUAUGAGGAUCGUCCAAGGAAUCAAUGCAAAGCUAUGGAAACCCUAGGUGUAAUACUGGAAUAUGCUUGUGGAUCUCUGUUAGUGAAAUGCUCAUUGUUAUGGCUGUUUUAGAUAGUUGGUCUUUUUUAUAAUUUUUUAUGGAUACAAAUUUCUUGCCCCCAGAAUUAAAGAGCACAUACUAAAACCUAAAUUCAGGGAGCCAUACAUUGAUAUAUGGUUGAUGUCAAGUAUUUUAUAAUCUGAUUGAUGUGUUAACUGAGUGAGAAAGGAUAAUAUCUUGUUUUCCUUGUUGAUAUGCAUCUUUAUGAAAGUAGGUUCUUGUAUGUGACAAGCCACAAGCAUUUCUAAGAAUGAAUUCCAGUAAUUACACAGACAAAUAUUUUCAGCCCUAGGAGCCAAAACUCUCCCAAAGACUGUGAUUUUUUCAAUAUUAAAGAAUAUUUAAGACAAGUGAGAUUAGAGGCAUGUUUUGUAUAAAAAAUGCAAUCGGGGAAAAAAAAUUAUACAUGCAUUGCAUUCCAAAGAUUGUUAAGUGUAUAAUAAUAUUAAUAUCCCUUCAUAAAUAUUUCCAAUAGGUAUGGACCUGACACCUCAUGGUGUCAAUGACCAUUGCAUUUCUGAUUUAUUAUAAUUAUUAUUUAUUAUCUAAUUUAAUUCAGGUAUACUACUUAAGUGGGUUAAUUGCAAAGUGACAGGCUGAAGUCACACAGCAUAUGCCUGUGGCAUGUGUGCAGGCAUAUGCUUCCACCCCCUUGAUGCUGACCACACAGUUAUUUUAACUUGCAACACUUGUUAUGGUGCCCUUGUUAGUUUCUGCAGCUGUUAGAGAGUUAAUCACUUCCCCUGUCUUUUGUUUCUAUUUAUGUAUUGCAUUAUACAGCGUGGUGCAGCAGACCUGCCCCAGUCAAGAUUUGGCAGGUAAAUGGGCUAUGCUGUGACAAAUGUGUGGUUAGACUAGGGGGUGGGACCAGAUCUGGGAUGGAGUAUAGUGUCCCUGAAGUCUGUCUGCCUUGUCAUGAUCAUGGUAUAAGCACAAAUGAAACUGCAACUGUAUAAAGUGCUAUAAUUCAUGUAACAGUGCUCUUUGUUACCAAUACUCUUUCUUGGGAUAUUUAUCUAAUGAGAUGUGAAUAAAUACAUUUUGAUAUUGUGAUAUAUGAUGUAUGAUAUCGUUUUACAGUACAUAUAUAUAUAUAAAAGUGCUGCUUUAGGUUGUAUUUAAAUUAUUUAUUUUUUAAAGGCCUGUUGGUGAACUAGAGCACUUUCUUUAAGUAAACAGCUGCAGCAUGUUUCCUACUGCAUCUCACAAGUACCUGGGAGGAGUCAGGGCGAUCAACAUUUUAAGCGUUGAUCACAAGCAAAAUGAAUGUCUGAUGUUGAGGAUGUGAUGAAUGUGUUAGCUCAUUCAAGUGUCACUAUUGGACCUGAUGUGAUAACCAUACCUUGGAGCUGUGAACAAUUUUUUGCUUUUAUAGUCGCCCGGUUCCUCGUGGGUUUGUACGGAUGGUCAAAGGACAGUCAGAGAAAAGGUUCUCCUUUGUUAUGAAAUUGUUUUGUAUAAUGACAGAUGAUCCACAAAUAAGCUUAAUAAUUUGAGCUUAAGAAGUGUGUCCAUUUCUCUGUUCACUUAUUUAAUGUUUCUGUAGUUGUGAAUGUAGUUAUCCUUUACAAGUUCAGUACAAUAAAGUAUUGUCAACUAUU